AGCUCUUAUAGGGGAAUUCAGCGUCCCACUGAAGCAGUUUACAAAGAUUAUUCUCACUGCGCGUCAGGAACUUCUACACACAUUUCACUCGAUUUUGUGGUUGUUAAUUUAUCUUAUUCUUGCCAAGAGACAUGAUGCUGAAAAUGAAACUCAUUCUGUCCCUCUCUGUCUUCUGCCUCGCCUUAAAUAACGGAAUGGGAUUGCCUACGGGCAGGUAUAUGUAUGUGAGGUGUAACCCCAAUGGAGACCAGUCUAACUGUAUCACUCACCGGGGUCCACAGAUGGAGCUGAAUCCGGACUUGCCAUCUAGACUGCCUGCCUCAGCUGCAGAAUAUAUAGACGGACAGCCUUUGGAGGGAGAGGAGGAGGUGCCAUAUGGAGAGGAAGACAAAGGGGAGUCACCCCCCAUCUACAUGUCUGAGUAUGGCUCUGGUUAUGAAGGUUCUGCAGGCGAAUCUCUUGAAUCAUUUUUCGCAGACCGGCCCAAGAUUGUCGAACCUGAUGUGGGCUCUGGAGAGUCCUUGACAGAGCAAAUUGGUGAACCGGAGAUUAUGGCUGACUUGGCUUAAGUUGGUGCAGCAAGACCAGCAGAGCAGGAGCUGAGAGAGGACUGUUUGAUUUUCUGCAGUUGUAGACUGUCUCUUUCUCUCUCUCUCUCUCUCUCUCUCUCUCUCUCUCUCUCUCUCUCUCUCUCUCUCUCUCUCUCUCUCUCUCUCUCACACACACACACACACACACACACACACACACACACACACACACACACAAGGCUGGUGUCUAUUGUUUUCAUCCAGUCAGUUUAAAGACUAACAUAAAAAAAUUAUAUCACCACCUGCUGGUGGAUUUCCUUGGCCAGUCAGAAGCUGAAGCAGGACAAAUUUUAUGUUUUUAAAUUCCACUGCUGUAGAUAAGAGACUGUUCUCUCUAAAAAUGUACCAAAAUAAAAGAAACCUGCCAAAAUCAAGAAAGGUCUGAAUAAAUGGGACAUACACACUUACUCUAAGUCGUUAUCAACUUUUUUUUUUUUUUUUUUUUAACUGUGCCCUGUAUUUCCAUUUUAAUGUUGAGAACACAUUGUUGUAUACAUUGGAAUAUGCCUCUAUAAAUGUGACUUUUGGAAGAUGCUCAAAGUGUAAGACCAGUGAAAUAAGGUGAUGCCUUUGUCCACAUAUAGCUCAUUGUAUGCCAAUGUGGUUCCCAACCAUUUUUCUGAAAUCUCCCUUUAAAUCACCCCUGAUACAGCUAAGUCUUUAUACAUCUCUCAUGCUAACUGAGAGUGCUCAUGGACAUCCUCCAUUCCCUAUAGGUGGGUGAAGCCAUGAGCUAUGUGUGCCUUUAAGACACACAAAAGUGAUGAAUAAUUAUAUCAUAAGAAUUUGAUCCCUCAUUUUUUUUUUUAAAUCUCCUGCCCACUCAGGAUGGCCAUUACCUCAUGUUGAGAACCAAUGAUCUGUAGGUCUGAACAGGAGAACUUUGUUAAUCCACACUCUUUAUGAAACAGACACUUACCUGGAAGUUAUUCAAAACACAAUCAUAAUUAUGCAUCCAAAAAUGAAUUGUCUCAUAUGCAGUUCAGAUUUUACAUCAACAGAGAAACAGCACACAGUAGUAUUAGUAUAGUAAUAGUAUUUUCAGUAUGUUUUAUAUACUAUGUCUGUUCAAUCAUUUGGGCAGAUUCUCAGAUUUGGAUAAACAAAGUUCUUCCAUGUUGUGCUGUGGUUUUUGCCUGACAGAUGCCCAGAAGUAGACUCAGAGAUAUGGUUUCACCUCCACAUCUUCACAACCUUACUCGGAGGCUGUAAAAAUAGCAGUGUGACAAGCCAAAUACAUACAAACUUAACCCCGGGUGUGCAUUCUAAUGCCCUUGACAAUUUGGGGUCGAUCAUUUAAGAGUUACACACUGGUUGAGAGUGAAUUAAAAUUAGUGCUAAAGCAAAAAACGUAAUUUCUGAGUCUCAUAAUUGUCAGUAUACAGUGAACAAAUGCCUUAAUACAGCUUAAAUGCAAUAUAUUAUCUCAGUGCAUUAAAGUUAUUUCAGCAAUGCUAAGAAUAAGAAAAUUGUAAAGGAUUUGCUGCUUUACAUUUUAAAACUGUCUCUGACAGCUGUCACCCUUUUCUGGGUCUCUUACUGUGGCUCUCUUACUGUGGCUUUACUGCCGGAGAAGGAGAAAAAGGCUGGGUUAGACUGCUAAGGACUGUGUGCAAUUCACUCACAGUUCAGUCAACAGAGGAAAUGGAUUUUAUGCAAAAUAAAUUCUGAUAUUGACAAUCUUUUGCAAUUAGAAAGCUAUUUUUAUAAACUAUAUUAAAAAUAGAAGUAUUGAAUGAAUGCUCUGGUAUUAGCAAAGUAACUGAAUAAGCUGAUCUGAAAUUGUUCACAGCCUUUCAUUUUAUAUUUGCUGAGAAUGUGAUUGGUUAGCUUCGAGAGGCUUUUAUAUUUUGAUUCAUUGCUUUACAACUAUGACAAAAUGUUAGUGCAUAAUAAUGAAAAUGGCAAUGUAUAAUCUAUUUUUUUUCCAAAAUAAAGGGAAUGUAUAAAUACUUGUUGUAAUGCAUGAAUUGUACAAGGUCAUUUCAUUUUCACUCAUCCAGCUGGAUGCAGCUUUAUAUACAGUAUGUGUAUAUCGGUCUAAGUAGGUUGUUUCUCUGUGACAGAUUGUGAGUGAGACAAAUUAUCAGUCUGCGUCUGUUUCUUGACUGCGUUGAGAGAAGAAUGCAGUGGAUAAUGCAAUAAAAACAUGCUGAUAUUC